AUGAGGAACUCACCGUCAAAGAAUGGGUCGGGAGGGCAUUCUCGUAAUUUCACUGACGCUUUCUGGUCUCCCUUUGUCAACAAGUCCGGUGCCGGAAUAUCUCCCAACAGAUCAUACGCUCUCGUCUCACUCUUCAUCCUCCUCAUCGUCGGCGCGUUCAUCUCCACGCGCCUCCUCCUCGACCCCACCGUUCUGCUAGAGAAAGAAACCGUGACGUCGCCGACGGAGACUAAACCCCAGACGAUUUCCCCAAAAUACCCUCGACCACCUACAGUAAUUACAAAAAGCCCACAAGAAUUCAUACUGCACUGCUCCGGCAACCAGACCACCGGGAGAAACAGUUACCCGGCAACGGCGAGCUUCGGAGACGAUGAUUCAAAGCUUCCUCCGACCCCCACGUGUCCCGAAUACUUCCGGUGGAUCCACGAGGAUCUCCGUCCAUGGGCGAGCACCGGGAUCACGAGGGAAGCACUGGAGAGGGCCAAAAAGACGGCGAAUUUCCGGCUAGCGAUAGUCGGCGGGAAGGUUUACGUUGAGAAAUUUCAAGAUGCGUUUCAGACGAGAGACGUGUUCACUAUCUGGGGACUCUUACAGCUUUUAAGGAAGUACCCUGGUAAGAUUCCAGAUCUCGAGCUCAUGUUUGACUGCGUAGACUGGCCGGUCGUUAGGGCUGCGGAUUUCGCCGGUGUCAACUCGCCGUCGCCUCCGCCGUUGUUCCGGUACUGCGGAAACGAGGAGACGCUCGAUAUCGUGUUCCCUGAUUGGUCUUUCUGGGGAUGGUCGGAGGUGAAUAUAAAGCCAUGGGAGAGUCUGUUGAAGGAGCUAAGAGAAGGGAACAAGAGGACUGAUUGGGUAAACAGAGAGCCUUAUGCUUAUUGGAAAGGGAAUCCAUUGGUCGCAGAGACAAGACAAGAUCUCAUGAAAUGUAAUGUAUCUGAGGAACACGAGUGGAACGCUCGUUUGUAUGCUCAGGACUGGAUCCGAGAAUCAAAGGAAGGUUACAAGCAAUCAGACUUGGCAAGCCAAUGCCAUCACAGGUACAAGAUUUACAUAGAAGGGUCUGCGUGGUCCGUUAGCGAGAAGUACAUUUUGGCGUGUGACUCGGUGACUCUGCUUGUGAAACCCCAUUACUAUGAUUUCUUCACCCGAGGCCUGCUUCCAGCUCACCAUUAUUGGCCCGUUAGGGAGCACGACAAGUGCCGCUCCAUCAAGUUUGCUGUGCAUUGGGGAAACUCUCACAUUCAAAAGGCGCAGGAUAUUGGAAAGGCGGCGAGCGAAUUUAUCCAAGAAGAACUCAAGAUGGACUACGUGUAUGAUUACAUGUUCCACCUUUUAACCGAGUACUCAAAACUCCUCCAGUUCAAACCUGAGAUUCCCCUGAAUGCCACUGAGAUUUGCUCGGAAACGAUGGCGUGCCCAAGGAGCGGGAACGAGCGGAAGUUCAUGACGGAAUCACUCGUGAAGCACCCUGCAGAGACCGGUCCGUGUGCCAUGCCGCCUCCAUAUGACCCUGCGUCGUUUUACGCAGUUCAGAAGAGGAAACAGAGUACAGCUACGAGAAUCCUACAGUGGGAGAUGAAGUACUGGAGCAAGCAGAAUCAAACCGGCUCUUAA